AUGGCAUCGAGGAGAAUGGAGACCAAACCUGUGAUAACGUGUCUCAAAACCCUCCUUAUCAUCUACUCCUUCGUCUUUUGGAUCACUGGGGUGAUCUUGCUGGCUGUUGGAGUCUGGGGCAAACUCACUUUGGGCACCUAUAUCUCCCUCAUUGCUGAGAACUCCACAAAUGCCCCCUAUGUCCUCAUUGGAACUGGCACUACUAUCGUUGUUUUUGGCCUGUUUGGAUGCUUUGCUACAUGCCGUGGUAGCCCAUGGAUGUUGAAACUGUAUGCCAUGUUUCUGUCCUUGGUGUUCCUGGCUGAGCUCGUAGCUGGCAUUUCAGGGUUUGUGUUUCGUCAUGAGAUCAAGGAUACCUUCCUGAGGACUUACAUGGAUGCCAUGCAGAAUUACAAUGGCAAUGAUGAGAGGAGCCAGGCAGUGGACCAUGUGCAGCGCAGCCUGAGCUGCUGCGGUGUGCAGAACUACACCAACUGGAGCACCAGCCCCUACUUCCUAGAUCAUGGCAUCCCCACAAGUUGCUGCAUGAAUGACACUGAUUGUAAUCCCAACGAUCUGCGCAAUCUGACUGUGGCCUCCACCAAAGUUUACCAGAAGGGUUGUUAUGAUCUGGUGACCAGUUUCAUGGAGACUAACAUGGGAAUCAUUGCUGGAGUGGCUUUUGGAAUUGCAUUCUCCCAGCUGAUUGGCAUGCUGCUGGCCUGCUGUCUUUCCCGGUUCAUCACGGCCAACCAGUAUGAGAUGGUGUAA